UUAGUUCGAAGGGUACUGGUUGCUAGUUUCAGAUAUGUAUUAAGGAAGUAUGGCAAAAGAAUGGUCCAAACACAUGGGUCAUAGUGGGAGUGACAAGUCGUGAAACCGGAGCUAAUAGAGGGUUUCACAACCAUGAAAAGGUGUUGUAUCCAGAACAUCACCGACACAACAAACAGUUUAGUGAGGCUGAAAAAGAGAGGUUAAGAUUAAUGAGGAAGGCGGGGGUGAGACCAAAUCAGCAGAAGACGACACUCAAUACUGAAGGGGGUGUGCAUCAUGAUAUCAAACAGAUGUACAACAUAAAUUCCAAGACAAGAUUGGAUGAGAUGGGUGAAAUGGAUGCGAUACAGUUUGCGCUUCACGGAGCUGAACAUCGUGGGUACCAUAUCUGUUUGCAAAAGGACUCUAAUAAUGUGCUCACUAAUCUGUUUUUUGCGCACCCGACGUCCAUUCAGAUGUUGCAUGCAUGGCCGUACGUCAUCCUCAUUGACUCGACCUACAAGACCAACAGGUACGGCUGGCCAUGGGUUGAGAUUAUUGGGGUUACUCCAGUCAAGAAGAAUUUCAACAUUGCAUGUGCAAUUAUUAAGCAGGAAACAUAUGAGUGGCUACUGCGAUGUAUUAAAGGGUUGCUCGGUGAUACGGUUCUGAAUGUCAUUGUGACAGACAAAGAAGGUGGUUUGCUUGCUUCUAUUCCUGUGGUCUUCCCUCUCCCACAUACUGUCCACCUACUAUGUUUAUGGCACGUCAACAACUGUGUGAAGCAAAAGUUUGAAAUAUUACUAGGUGGAAUUGCAAAAAGAGAGGUAGCACAAGCGGUAUGGAAGAAAUAUUUCGACAAAGCUGCAUGGAGUUGGACUCAGGAGGGUUUUCUUCAAAAGAUUAAUGAGUUUGAGAGGGUCUGGACAGAGAAGAACAUAAAAAUGGUCGACUACGUGCGAGGUGAGUGGUUGCUUCAUCAGACAAUGUGGGCAAAGUGCUACACGAACCAUGUGUUUCAUCUUGGUAACACGAGCUCGAAUAGAGUUGAGUCAUCUCACUCUUCAUUCAAGACUUUCCUUGUGUCUGGUAGAGGAGCGAUCGACACUUGUUUUGCGAAGAACCACAACUACAUGGAACAUCAGUUUCUGGAAGUGGUGAAUGAACUGCACAAGUCACUGAACCGCAAUCUGAGUCGGGCAAUUGAGCCUCCGUGCACGUUUUUGAGGAGGGUCGUUAGUUCUAAGGCAAUCAAACUGAUGUUAGAUGGGGCGGCGGAGUUGAAGGACAGUUGUGCGUGUCAUUUUCAGAUGACACAUGGGCUCAAGUGUGCUUGCCAGAUUGUUCAAGCUAAGGAAGAAGGACGUCAAUUCUAUGCUCAAGAGUUGCAUGUAUUUUGGCGGACUUUGGAUUAUAAAAACCCCCCACGUCAACAACAAGUCAGUGAUGAAAUUGAGCUUCAACGAGAACACUUUAGGCGUCUUACUGUUGAGGUGGAAGAAAGAGGUCCUGAAGCAGUGAGACAAGCAAGAGAUGCCCCAUUCUAUGGGCUUCACCCAGCAGAGGACAAUGUGAGGGAACCGGAAGUGAAUGAGAAUCCAAGAGGACGGCCUCGAACAAGCACCAGUCGCAUUCGUUCAUAUUAUGAGCGGUCUCGUUCGAGGAGUACUGGGCCUGGUUCGAGUGGAGGUAGGGGGCGAUCGAGUGGAGGCAGAUCCCGAUCGAGUGGAGGUGAAUCCGACGAGCAUGAUACAGAUUACUCAUCCCAGAGCCCCCCAGGGCAAUAUUCUUACCCUUACAUCAAUGAGCUUUUUCCAGAGUUUGUUCGACCUUUGCUGGUAUGCGAUUUCAACCCUAGUCCAGACGGCCAUUGUGGUUUUAGGGCACUUUCUCAUUGUAUUUAUGGGGAUGAUAGUCACUAUCUGCUCAUGAGAUCGACGAUUGUCCAAGAAAUCCAACAACAUUUUUGGAAGUACGAGAACUUGUAUAAUGGUGGUCCACUAGCUCACAUUGACCGCAUCAAUUGGCUAGAGGCGGGUUCCGCACCACCGGGGCGAUGGAUGGAUUCUGAGGACUUGUUCGUGUUUGCCACCAUCUACAACAUCGCAGUCAUGGUCUUCACAUACCAGGUGUUUGAUGUCAAUAAUGCAAACCGUCCACUACCCAACCGCUACGAUGAUGCCUAUACUGUAUUGCCUAUUGAUGCGGAACCAGGUACUUUGCCACCAACCAUGUUCUUAUCACUGCACUAUGUGAACAAGCACUACAUUCGAUUGUACUUCAACCAGGAUCAGUUUCCUAUACCCCCUCUGCAUCCACUUUGGCAUGGGCUAGCAAAUCCUAAUGUGGCGGAGUGGGGAGCUAUUCUCGAGAUUGGACAAAAUUUGUUUGUGAGCCUUGGUGGUCGGCAGCGAGCCAGGCAGAGAGACCCCCGAAGAGCUAGGGGAAGGGGUAGGGGUAGGAGCAAUGCAUAGUGUUGCAAUACUCUAUUUAUAUGUUGUUGUUUUUCUAGUUGUAUUUUUAAUGACCCUAGUGUCAUUAUGAACU